ACAGAACCUGCAGCUGCUCCACUGAGGCAAGGGGGCGAGAGGCACAUUAUCAGCUUGCGGACAGGAUCAUUUCUCUGCACACAGUCAUCGGGUUUACUUAGCCACACUAUAUGACAGGGCGCCUGCUUCCUCUUGUGCUGUGUUGCUGAAGAUUACCAGCCCGUUUCCCUUGUUUAAGGAGAGGAGCCCUACGUUAUCUCCCGCUACCCAUCUCAGAAGGCGUAGAGUUGGCAGAGCUAACAAACAGUACCAGAUUGUUAAUGGUGUGAAUGUUCAAGAACACUCACGUUGAAUAGAGUUCAGCUUUUCUGCAAACAUGCCUCCCCCUUCAGACAUUGUGAAGGUGGCUAUAGAAUGGCCAGGAGCUUUUCCUCGGUUAAUGGAAAUAGAUCAAAAAAAACCAUUAUCUUCUAUAAUCAAAGAAGUCUGUGAUGGAUGGUCACUUCUAAGUCAUGAGAAAUAUGCACUUCAGCAUGCAGAUAGCUCUGGAUUUUAUAUCACUGAAAAAAAUCGAAAUGAGAUAAAAAAUGGUGCUAUCCUGAGAUUAACAUCAUCUCCCACCCACAAUGCACUGCAGCUGCAUGAGAGGAUACAGUCAUCCAGUAUGGACGUCAAGCUAGAAUCACUGAAGGAUUUAGCCAAGUUGUCACGGGAUAUUACCUUUGCACAAGAAUUUAUAAACUUGGAUGGCAUCUCUCUUCUCACACAGAUGGUGGAGAGCGGCAAUGAACGAUAUCAGAAAUUGCAGAAGAUUAUGAAGCCCUGUUUUGGAGAAAUGUUAUCCUUUACCUUAACUGCAUUUGUGGAGCUAAUGGAUCAUGGCAUUGUAUCGUGGGAUACUUUUUCUGUGGCGUUUAUUAAAAAAAUAGCAAGUUAUGUCAACAAGUCAGCAAUGGAUGUCUCCAUUUUGCAAAGAUCGCUAGCUAUCCUGGAGUCUAUGGUUCUUAACAGUCAUGAUCUAUAUCAAAAAGUGGCACAAGAGAUCACUAUUGGACAGUUGAUACCACAUCUUCAAGGGACAGAUCAAGAGAUCCAGACCUAUACUAUUGCAGUUAUCAACGCUCUCUUUCUUAAAGCACCUGAUGACAAAAGACAGGAGAUGGCAAACAUACUAGCCCAAAAACAGCUUCGCUCCAUUAUUCUGACACAUGUUAUCAGAGCGCAGAGAGCCAUAAACAAUGAGAUGGCGCACCAGCUGUAUGUAUUGCAAGUGCUGACCUUCAACUUGUUGGAAGAUAGGAUGAUGACUAAAAUGGAUCCCCAGGAUCAGGCCCAAAGAGAUAUUAUUUUUGAAUUGCGUAGAAUCGCCUUUGAUGUUGAACCUGAACAAAACAAUAUCGGUGGAAGUAUCGAGAAAAGAAAAUCUAUGUACACUAGAGACUACAAAAAGCUAGGAUUUACUAAUAAUGUAAAUCCUGCUCUGGAUUUUACCCAUACUCCCCCAGGAAUGCUUGCCCUUGACAACAUGUUGUAUUUUGCAAAACAUCAUCAAGAUGCCUAUAUACGGAUUGUCCUGGAAAACAGUAGUCGAGAAGACAAACAUGAAUGUCCUUUUGGCCGCAGUAGCAUUGAGCUGACCAAGAUGUUAUGUGAAAUCCUUAAAGUGGGAGAGCUACCCAGUGAAACCUGUAACGAUUUUCACCCAAUGUUUUUCACGCAUGAUCGAUCCUUUGAGGAGUUCUUCUGCAUCUGCAUCCAGCUACUAAACAAGACUUGGAAAGAGAUGAGAGCAACAUCUGAAGAUUUCAAUAAGGUAAUGCAAGUGGUAAAAGAACAAAUAAUGAGGGCACUCACAAAUAAGCCAAGCUCUUUGGAUCAGUUCAAAUGUAGACUUCAGAAUCUCAGCUAUACAGAAAUUUUGAAAAUUCGCCAAUCAGAGAGGAUGAAUCAAGAAGAUUUCCAAUCACGACCUAUUCUUGAACUGAAAGAGAAGAUCCAGCCAGAAAUUAUAGAACUCAUAAAACAACAACGUCUUAAUCGUCUUGUUGAAGGAACAUGCUUCCGAAAAAUCAACAGUCGCAGAAGGCAAGAUAAGUUUUGGUAUUGUCGGCUAUCUCCAAAUCACAAGGUGUUACACUAUGGAGACGUGGAAGAGAGUCCACAGGGAGAAAUACCCCAUGACUCUUUACAAGACAAACUUCCUGUAGCGGAUAUCAAAGCAAUAGUGACUGGAAAGGACUGUCCGCACAUGAAGGAGAAAGGCGCUCUUAAGCAAAAUAAGGAUAUUCUCGAGUUGGCCUUUUCAGUAAUGUAUGAUUCCAAUUGCCAGUUAAAUUUCAUCGCUCCAGAUAAACACGAGUACUGCAUCUGGACUGAUGGUUUGAAUGCUUUACUUGGGAGGGACAUGAUCAGUGACCUAACACGGAAUGACUUGGACACAUUGCUCAGUAUGGAAAUAAAGCUUCGCCUUCUAGACCUGGAAAAUAUUCAAAUUCCUGAUGUUCCACCCCCUAUCCCAAAAGAACCCAGCAAUUAUGAUUUUGUUUAUGACUGCAAUUGAGACAACUGGAACUUUUCAAUUGUAGAUGUCGAUAACUUAUAACUGGAAAUAACGUAACUGGAAAGAAUACAAAAAUCUUAAAUUGUAUUUCUAUAAAAUUCACAUGGCGCAUUGCUCUCACCUCUCACAAGGUCUUUCCUUCUUCACAUAUCCAGAUAAUGUUGUUUGGCAGAUAUUAAAAUAUCCCACUGACUUGGUGACAAGUCAGAGGCGAAUAUUUGAUCCCGGCACUAGAUUCUAUGUUACUGAUGCUUUAAACAAUAUAUAACAAGGACUAUAAUGAGCUCCUACAGAAGAGUUGUGUUUCUGGCUUUACCUGUUGGGGCAAGCGAAGGAAAAAUGAUAGACAAUUCUUCUGCUGCUUCUGGUCCGAGGCACAAGAGGAUUUAACUAAGGCUACUGAUAUCAUAAACUGCUUCCGUGCUUUGCAUUAUUAUUUGCUUUCGUUGUGCUAACUUGCUUGCAAUGUGGAAUUUAGCUAGAUUUAGUCAAAUGGAAGACUUGACUUUAAUUAGUUCAGACACUGCAUUUCGAUUACAACAAUAUCUUCUUCAGGUCAGAGCUUUCAUUUACCCAUAAGCAGAUACUGUUUGAUGAAGCCAGUAUAAAGACGUUUUACCUGAUGUACAUAUUAUUUUUAAAAUGCACACUGUCACGGAAAUGAUCAAAACAGUUACACCUGAAUAUCUUUGUCAGAAAAUCCCUCUUGGACGUUACAAGCAUUAUAUAGAGCUAUGUGUAGUGAGUUCAAGUUUAAAUGCCAACCGUAUAAAGUUGUCACACUAACAUGCAAGCAAUACUGACUAUGUCUGCACUCUUCCAGCUCCUGAAACUCUCCAAGUCUUAAAGCAAUGUAUUCUUCAAGUCAAUAGAUACCAUGUACUAUUCAGUUCUUCCUCUAUUUAACUGUAGACAAUAAUAUAAAAUAAACUAAUGUGGUGUCUGUCUUUUUGCAAAGUAUAAUAUGGAACUCCCACAAUUUUUUUUUUAUCCUCCCAGUCAAAGGACCAUGGUUAUGGUUUUAAAAAAAAUGUCCUCUUUCAGAUUUGUUCAGUUAUAUUAAUUUUUAUAAAGAAUUUUUUUAACAUUUUAAUAUUGAAUCCAUUAAACUUUACUAGUCUAUGAGAAUCAACAUGAAUGUUAAUAAGUAAAGAAAAUAUAAAUAAUUUUCUGCAAAAAACGAUGUUGCUUAUUCAACUAAUGACAUUUUAGCAUUUGUAUAAAAUGUGCAGAUGUGGCAAAGAAUUAUUUGUUAACAAAUGUGCCAAACGUUCACCAUCCCUACCUGUGCACUGCCAUAUUGAAUUCCUAACAGUAACUGUUCAGUGCAACCUUAUAUACAAUGGUUACAUGAUUAACCAUAGUCACAAAAAUCUAUUAAUUUCAUCUAUGAUUAAAAAAGUGUAGUCCUGGAACUAUGGAAUUUUACUUUUCUGAAAGAGGACCUACUGAAGGUAAUAAUUAAGGUUAUCUAGAUAAUUUAUUGAACUUUAUAAUCUCCAGUGUAGAUGAUCUUUGUUGAAGAUUUUUUUUUUUUUAAUGCUGAAAAUGCCAAACAGUAGUCCUCACCACAUAAAUAUUGUGAAAAUAGAUUGAUAUCCCAAAAAAACAGCCUUUUGUGUUUGUAGAAAUCUAUGAGCUAUGUCUCUAUGGUGAGUAGAGCUAACUUUUCAGGUCUGAAUAUAUAAAAGGAAAUCUUGAUCUACAAACUACCAGUGCUGCCAUGUGCCGACCAACAUAGAAGAACCAAUGAUUUUUUUGAGGAGAAUAUUUACUGUAGUAUGAAAAUGCAUAGAGAGGUUGGAAGCAUGAAACAAUACAAAUAUUUUAAGUGAAUUUGAGACUCUUAAAAAUAAAAAUAAAAUAAUCCAGAUUUAAUAUCCGUUUUGGAUUGUUGCUAAAAACAUAUCAAUUGGACAAGUUUUGUCAAUCUGAAUAACAUUUCAUAUCGGUUUUGGAUUGUGGCUUGAAACAUAUCAGAUGGACAAGUUUUGUCAAUCUGAAUAACAUGACAGUGCAUAAAAAAUCAUUAGGUAUUGAAGGUUUUUCUUCCAUUUCUCAAGGAGCAACGCUGAUGUUGCAUCAACUAACUUGCAGAUUUUCUAUUUAUUUAAUAUAUGCAGAAAGGAAUUGAACAUAUUCCAUUCCGUGACAUUGAGCUGAUGUACAUAUUUAUAUCAUUUCAUAAUAAACAGUACAUGCUUUUCUUCUA